GUUUUCUCGUCAAGGUGAGUGAGUAUCGAUGCUUCCGGGGCAGCUGACCUUAAGGCUUGGCUUGCUUGAGCGUUAUCAGCAGCGCAGCACAGCUCAGCUAGCUUCCAUAGAGCAAGGAAAAGGAACGAAGCUCGCUUGAUGACGCCCGCCCAUCCUUACCCAACCACCAACCACCAAACAACCCAUAGUAUAGCCAACGUGCCCUGCCAACCUGCCAACACACCUCCACUUACUGUACACCAUGAACCCCGCGCUGCUCCUCCUGCUCACUUUCACGACGCUCAGCAGCGGUUUCCACUCUUACCCCCAACCGCAACCACCCCAAGCACAACAGCUCCUCGCCACCUCCUCCAACAACAACGACAACAUGGCCCUAAUGUCCGACAAGCCCUCCGGGCCCCCGUUACUCGGCGACAUCCUCCCACUCGACAAGCAGAUCAGCAUAUUCUCGGGCUUCACGCGGUCCAUCGAGUCGAUCUCUGAGCUACUCCAGAACCGCAACGAGAACACGACUGUUCUCGCGCCGUCCAACACCGCGAUCUCUCGGCUGCCGCGGAAGCCAUGGGAGGAGCCUGACGACAGCGGUGCAGCUGGUGCCGCCGCGGACCUCUUCGCCGGGAUCAUGGGCGAGGACCGCGCGACGAGGAAUCUAAGACGCUUCGUGGAGGCGCAUUGCGUGGGCACGGCGCCGUGGAAGGAGGGGGUGAAGGUUAGGACCCUAGAGGGAGUGGAGGUCUGGUGGGAAAAGGACGCGAGCGGGAGGAAGAGGGUCAUGCCCGAUGGCAUAGAGGUGCUCCAGGUCAAGGAUGAUGUCGCGAAUGGGCAGCUGUGGGUCCUCGGCGACGUGCUGAACUAUGAUCGGUAGGGCGGGGAGAGAAGACUGGUUUUGGAAUGAUGGCGUUUCUUUGGCUUGUGAACUUUUUUCGUUGGUUUGGCGCGGAUGUGAUGGAUGGAGAUGCAGAUAAUGUUUAUGACUCGACUCGAC